AUGGCAUCGUACUACAUCGUAAGCUCAACCGCAAAGCAGGGUGAAGGUAGUUCUGCAGUGUCUUCAUCUUUUCACACGAGAGAAUCAAAGCAGGUGAAGUCUACACCACAUGAUCGGUCACCUGAGGCCGUUGGCGCACAUGCCCUUCCUCAAAUCAAAAUUGGAGAUUUCAAAGAAGAGCGUCCGACAGAGGGAGAAAUUGUUGAAGAGAAACCUCGUCGUCCUGCCAGUCGUCGAGUUGAACGAGCUACGCAUCAGCUGAAAAGACUUCUACGAUGGUCACGAGAAGAAGGCAAGAAAACGGCUCCGACAGUGGAUGACAUUCCUAAUAUACUUGAUACCAUGGGAUCGGUUGAUGGACCUGGUGGAGUUGGAGCAUUAGGCUUAGGCGCUCAAACGGGACCGAGCGUUCCUGCUCCACCGGGUAGGCAAAGCAUACCGUUUGCUCGAAUGCAGCGAACGAAUGUUGCCCCAGGUUACGAGGGACUUGCGCCUUUCAUGAACGAUACACAAGGGACCGAAGAAGCGCCCAAGUGGUAG